AUGACUUCAUUAAAUACUUUGGAUCUUUCUGAUAAUAAGAUUGAUACCUUGACAAAUGAAUUUACUCAAUUAAAUUCGUUGACAUCAUUAAAUCUUAGUCAUAAUAAACUCAUUGACUUUUCACUGUUAUGCAAUAUGACAAAUUUAAAAGUAUUAAAUCUUUCUCACAACAGAAUUGAGUCAUUACCUCUUGACAAAUUCACUAACCUUUCUGGAAUAAGUGAAUUAGACUUAGGGUGGAAUGAAUUGACAGAAUUCGAUUAUGAGUGGAUGAUUCCAUUAAAAUCAAUUCAUUCAUUUUCUGUUAUUGCUAACAAAAUUACUGUUGUGAAAAAUGAUAAUGGAGUAUUUUCAAAAGACUUUGGUACUCCAUAUGCUCAACUCACGCCAAACUGUAUAUUACCUCAUUUAUUUCUUGGUUCUGUUGAAUCUACAACUAAACCAUUCUUAAGAGAAUAUCAUAUUGAAGGUGUACUUUCUAUUGGAACUAAACCAUUAUAUACAAGUAAGAAAGUUGAGUAUUUGUUUAUUCAAUGUGGAGAUAGUAUUUCGGAUGAUAUUUCAUCUCAUUUUAAUGAAUCAUUUGAAUUUAUUGAUCGAUUUGUUACAGCGGAAAAAAAUGUAUUAGUUCAUUGUGUUGCUGGAGUUAGUAGAUCAGCAUCAUUAGUCAUUGCAUAUGUAAUGAAAAAAGAAAAAAUACCUUAUGAAGCUGCUCUUGCAAAAGUAAAAGCACAUCGUUUUUGUGUAUGUCCAAAUCCUGCUUUUGCUCAACAACUUCAAAAAUACAAACCACAUUAA